GCAUGCGUUUUCUUAUAACAGGGAUCCUCUGCGAUUUUCCAUAUGAAGAAGCUGGGUGUUACCGGGCCGGUUGGCACGGCUGACAGGCUGACGAAGUCCAGUUGUUUAAUUGUAGGAAGCGCAGCAGCGGGAGGUGUCUCGGCCCAGUCAUUCCUUAAUUCUUUUAACCUUGCAAGCUCAGCUUUCAAUCUGCAAGUCGCAACUCCAGGGGGAAAACCUCUGGAUUUUGUGGGCAUCAAUGAUACAGACUCAAGAUGGUUUCAGGAAUUCCAUCUCAAACCCUACGCCAAUCCUGCCAGAAUAGAAUCAAUAGACGGGUCUCGCUAUCAUGCUCUUUUGAUACCGCAUUGUCCUGGGGCGCUGACAGACUUGGCAAACAGUGGAUAUCUGGCCCGGAUCCUGCAGCACUUCAAAACCGAGAAGAAACCCAUUUGUGCGGUUGGACAUGGAGUGACAGCUUUGUGCUGUGCCACCAAUGAAGACAAAUCGUGGGCAUUUCAAGACUACAGCCUUACUGGGCCUUCUGUAUAUGAACUAGUUCGUCAGCCUGAAUAUUCCAGCUUGCCAUUAAUUCUGGAAGACUUUGCAAAGGAUUCUGGGGCAACAUUUAGUGCCAGCGAGCCGGACGCUAUCCAUGUUGUACUUGACAGACAUCUGAUCACAGGACAGAACGAGAACUCAACAGUGGCUGCUGUGCAGAACCUCAUCUUACUCAGCAAUGGGAGGAAGUAAAGCCUCGAUCCAUAUGGCCAAGUCCGGGUCGUCUGAGGACUGGUGGCAAGAAGGAGAGUACAGGAGAUUUCUGAUCCAACAUCUGUCCCUCCAAGCCAAGUACUAUGACGGCUAUAAGAAUACGUUCAUAUAACCAGGUUGAGAAGGACAGAAACCAAUUUUGUUUUAUCUCAUUCUUUUUUGCAACCUUGCAACCUUUCCUUUGUAUAUAAAUAAAUGUGAUACAUUUUUGUUAUUUUGCUGUCUAUGUAUAGAAAACAUGCAUUUUGUUUUCAUGUGUCUUUUUGUUUUUUUUCCUGGAAGUAUUUUGUAAAUCAUUAAUAGCCACACAGUUCGAACCCCAACCUAAUUGUUAACCAUCUCUGGCAAACGUUACAAUAAAUGAAAACACAACAGUUAAUACAAUAAACACCAAUUGAAAAAGUAUAAA